UGCCAAUAAAAUAUACCUGAUCAGCGUUAUCUCUCUGCUCCCGCCAUUGGCAACCGCGAAACCACCCAACCCACCCCCGCCACAUUUUCACGCCGCGGCGGCCAUCCAUGGCCGCCUCUGCUUCCUUCCGCUUCCUCUCCCCUCCAGCACCGAACCCGCAUGAUAGGAUACACCCUUCACUCCUCGCAUGCCCGACGCGCCGGCGCAGGCUCCGGGCCACCCGCUGCUCGUCCACGCCGCAACCGCCGCCAUCGCCGCGGCUCGAGUUCCCCCUCCUCCCAUUCCAGCCCGCAGAGGUGUUGAUUCCAUCUGAAUGCAAGACCCUGCACUUAUAUGAAGCAAGGUAUCUAGCAUUGCUAGAAGAGGCUUUGUAUAAGAGGCAAAAUUCUCUUGUACACUUUGUCCUUGAUCCAGUUUUAUCAAGCUCUUCCAAGGAUUCGUUUGCUGUAAGAUAUGGUUGUUUGGUGCAGAUAGAAAGUGUUCAAAAGCUGGAUUUUGGAGCAUUAGUGUCAAUUAGAGGUGUAUGCCGUGUGAACAUCAAGAACCUUCUUCAGAUGGAGCCCUAUUUGCGUGGUGAUGUUUCUCCUAUGAUGGACAAGUCUUGCGAUGGCACCGGAUUGGGCCUGAGAAUUUCCAGACUAAGAGAGUCCAUGUGCAAUUUGCACAGCCUACAAAUGAAGCUGAAGGUGCCUGAGGAUGAACCGCUGCAAACAAACAUCAAGAGCUCUCUAAUGUGGUCUGAGAAAGAAACUUUCGAAGGGUACGGCGAAGAAUUUAUCCCUGGGCUCGUAGAACGUCUCUCUUUUGCCGCGUACCAAUCAGUUUCAGGUAUGUCAGAUGCAGAACUUCUUACCCUGCAAAAAUACAAGAUAAAGGCAAUGGAUUCAACAGACACUCUGGAAAGAGUAAACAGCGGAAUUGAGUAUGUAGAACAUAAUAUCGGUAUGGUUGCCGCGAGACUGGCAAUUCAGAAUAUAUGACCCUCGGAUCUUGGUACCGCUUACUCAAUCACUUGCAUAUGCCAUCAUCAUCAUCAUCGUCAUCAUCAUCAGGGAUGUAAAUACGUAUACUUCUAAGAUCUAACUGAUGCUCAUGAUCCACAAAAAAAUGUAGUUACAUUCUCUGACAUCAAAAGGUUUCCACUUAAUUUGCAUCUGUGCUGUAUACAAGGAGAGGUUCAAGUAGAACAGCUUGAUUAUUUUUGAUACACUUGAUGUACAUUCAGAGAGUAAGACGACAGUGCAGACUGAAUAUACUCUCGCAACUUCAUUUCCGAGAACUCA